UUCAUACGUUCGUACCCCGAUUCCCCAUGCUCCCUUUACCAAAAUACAUCGAGUAAACGUAUUCAUGGCAAUGAAGACCGAAAUCCAAUCAAGAAAAUUGAUAAAACCGUCCAUUUCAACUCCUCCUUCUCUUCGUAGUUAUAAAAUAAGCUUCGUCGACGAGCUUGCACCCUCGAUGAAUAUCUCUCUCGUUCUUUUUUUCCCUCAUAAUACCGAUUAUAACCCUACCCAACUUGAGAAAUCAUUAGAGAAAACCCUAACACUUAUGUACCCUUUAGCUGGUAGAUAUAUGGCGGACGUCCGCACAGUUGAUUGUAAUGACCAAGGUGUUGAAUUUGUCCAAGCCCAAGCUGAUACCACAAUUCAAGAAAUUCUUGAUUUCAAGCUCAAAGUGGAUCCUAACCUGAUCAACCAAUUCAUUCCCUCCAAACUUUUGGCAGAUGGACCCACGGAUGCAGUACUUGCCACCCAACUCACUGCAUUCGAGUGUGGAGGUUCGGCGCUUGGUGUAAGCAUCGCACAUAGGAUCGGUGACGUCUCUACUAUGAGCGCGUUCCUUAACCAAUGGGCAACUUUGAGUCGAAAAGACGCCAAAGUGGAGACGGGUUUGAUCACAUCGUUCUCAUCGUUUCCUGCUCAAGAUUCACCUUUCAUCGAACAAGGAUUCACCAAGCUAAACGACAAUGGUUACGUCACAAAGAAACUCUCGUUCGACGAGAACGCGAUAUCAAACAUGAGAAUGAAAGCCACAUCAAACGGAAAGACCGACAACCGUCAAUUGUUCAAGGUACAACUGGUGUCAGCCCUGAUCUGGAAGGCGUUCAUCGGUGUAGAUCACGCGAUCUACGGUCAUUCGAGAGAUUCUGUCGCUCUCCAACCAACAAAACUCAGACAAAAGACAAGAUCCUCGUUACCCAGAUCAAUUUCUAUAGGAAAUCAAUGGGGGCCAAUCGUUACUGAACGUAAUACUACCAAAAAGGUAGAAUUAGGAUUUGAAGAUUUGAUAGAUCUGUUGGGUGAUUCUGUGAUGAAGACGAUGAAAGAGUACUCGAAAUUAGGCCAUGAUGAUAGCCAAGAAAGGAAAGAAAUGGUUUUGAAGUCGUUUUCCCAAAUUAGAAACAUUUCUAAUGAUAGAAAUGUGGUGUGGUUGGUGAGUUGGUGUAGGUUUCCAUAUUAUGAUGUGGAUUUUGGUUUUGGGAAACCUGAAUGGAUAAGCUGUGGGUGUGUACCGUUUAAGAGGGGGGUGAUAAUGGUGGAUGAUGCAGGUGGUAAUGGAGUUGAAGCGUAUGUUAGCAUGGGAGUCGCGGACGUCCGUCAUUUCGAACAAGAUGAGGAUAUUAAAGCCUUUUCUGUUUAAACAUCCAUGGCCAAUUGUGAUCUCUCUUGAGACAUGAUAUCAUUUCAAUGUAACCUUGGUUAUAUCAAAAUGGAUAUUAAAUUAAAGAUAAU